AACAGCAGUGGAUGUGUUUGUAACUCGUUAUUACAGUAAUAAUUGUGUUACUUCUUUGCAGACAGAAGAAGAUUCACCAGUUUAGUGAGGUUCUGUUUUAAGUGAUCAGAGAUGUCUCAGAAUGUUGAGAAUGUGAACUACACUGAGGAUCGAGGGGAGCGCAUCGAGAGGGUGGUAGAAAUCUACGAGAGUGCAGAUGCAGUUAGAGAUCAUAAUCCCGAAACUAAGAAGAAGGAUAACAGCAUGAAAACCCCACACACAGGGACACAAAAUUUCUUGUACACCCCAGACAUCAUCACAGGACAGAAAUGUAAUCUAGAGAUGGAGGACACAAAAAGAAAUCAUAUUCAAACACAAAACAUGGGAGAAGAGCAGAAAGUAAGCAGAUGUUAUCCAGUGACUGUAGUGUGUGUGGUGCUGCUGUGUGUUUUCCUGCUGGGUUCCAUCACAGUGCUGUGGAUCAAAUUCAACAUCCUGAAUACAGCAAACAACCAGCUAGAGACCAAAUACAACAACCUGACUACAGAAAGAGACCAGUUACAGACCAGAUACAACAACCUGACUGUACAGCGAGACCAGAUACAGACCAGAUACAACAACCUGACUGAAGAGAGAAAGAGAUUAGAGACCAAAUACAACAACUUGACUACAGAAAACAAUCAGCUACAGACAAAAUACAAUAAUCUAAAUGUGGAGAUAAACCAGCUGCAAACCAAUAACAGCAAUCUGAUAAACCAAAGGAACCAGUUACAGACGAAGAAUGACAGACUCCUGCGCAUGUUGAUAGAAACAUAUACCAGUCUGGGAUGGAAAUAUUCCAACUGGAGUUUUUACUACUUCUCUACUGAAAACAAAGAUUGGACUGGGAGCAGACAGGACUGCAUUAACAGAGGAGCAGACCUGGUGAUCAUAAACAGCACAGAGGAACAAGAGUUCAUCGUUAAUCAGCUCAACAACAAGGAGGCUUGGAUUGGUCUGAAUGACAUUGAGACACUGCAGGUUUGGAAAUGGGUGGACGGUUCACCACUGACCACUGCGUUCUGGUAUAAAGGGGAACCAAAUAAUUAUAAAAAUAAUGAGCACUGUGUUAAGAUUGAGACUGAUCAACGUGGUAAACAAUGGAAUGAUGUUCCGUGUUCUUCUACAUUAUCCUGGAUCUGUGAGAAAAAUGUGUCUCUGUAAAGUUAAUUCAUUACAUGUCUAGUAUAAUGUGCUGAAUUAGCAGUUGGAGCAUCCUGUAGCACUUUCUAAAUAGACCUGCUUAGAUGUGCUAUAUUAAACUGGAUCUGUGGAGAUCACGUUAUUCUGCAGUAAGGUUAAUUUAGUAUGUGUAGAAUAUUGUGAUGAAUUAGCAUUCAGAGCAUCAUGUAGCAAUUCUAAUUAGAUCUUUCUAAACCACAUUUACAUUGACAAUCCUGCCAUUUCUUUUAAUGACCAUUCGACAAAAUGUGAAAGAAAAUGUUGUAUGGUCAGCAGGUCAACUCAGCUUAUCUCAUUUGCCCAUAAUGUGUGGGGCAAUGCCAUUAUCUUAUCUUCUUUAAGUUCUGAUAUUGUAUGGUGAACAUUUAUUUUGCUUCAAUUUUAACUACAAGCUGCUAAUGGCUUUGCUUUAAAACAUUUAUAUGAAUGAAUAAACUAUUGACAAAGUUUUUGUUAAUAAAAUAUGUUCUUGUGAUGGUUCAUUGCAUGCUCACCUGCUACCCUCAAAGCUCACUUGA